AUGUGGAGUCCUGGCUACCGCGGUAUUGGGCGACCAACCCCAGUGCGAAAGCCGCUGAGGAUCGAAGUUUUUGGCGCGCUCGCGCGCGCGGUCUACACUGUAUCUUUGAAGGUACGCCUGAGGUGAUAUCUGUCGCAAUAUAAGGCAGCUGAAUGUCUCAGAUCAAAUUGAUCUUUCUGGAUGGGAUCAAGAAAGGAUCGAUCAACGCGAGAUGGGAAAAAAAACGGAUCUAAUCCGAUCCUCCGGUAUUCUGGUCCUAUGAGAACCCUUGGCACUGCGACCUGCGAGCUGGUGAAGUGACGGCCGGUGACCCGCCCACAAGUCAUAAUCGCGUCCUAUCGCAUCGUCUGCGAUUACGCGCGUCGCCCGUCCUCGGUGACCGAAGUAGAGGUUGAUGCAACGUUGAGGCAAGCUCACCUUUCACGCUCUUGCCGCCAACUACACGUCUCGGUGCACCACGUACACCCUGCCAUUCGCAUAUUUUCUUCGGUACACUUGCCAUCACAUUCUGUGCUCCAGUCUGCGCUGUCGCCUUUUGUCCUCAUUCAGCCCACACACGCCCGACCUAUCCCACGCCGGGAGGCAUCUCGCAGCUGUUUUUCCUCCUCGCUGUCCGCUACAAGCGCAAUCUCCCACGGUCUGGUCUUUCACGCAGGCACCAGAGUUAUCAGUGAGUGUGAAUGAGACAUUUUUUGUAUUCGAAACCCGCUACACCAUUCAGGACUCUGACGGAGCUUUUUGAGAGCAGUGAAGCCCAACGAUGCUCCCGUCAACUUGAAGUACUCAAGGAGCAUUGCUCCCGGCAUCUACACCAACCGCAAGGAGGUCAUCCAUGACCGACUUAGGCAGGAGCUGGGCGGUCGUAUUGAGUUCUCGCGAAACCUGCACAUGUUUGUGGCAACUCCAGCUCCCGAGUUAGACGACUUGGUCGAGCAUGUCGCCUUUUCGGGUACUUGGGGGGAGGAAGAGCCGAUGAAAGACCUCUUUGCCCAAAUCAAUGCGGUUGUGAGUCUGCUAUGUCGUUGCACAAUACAAGUUACCCAAUACAUUGCUUAAUAAAUGAAUCUUCUGCUGGCGCAACAGGGUCCGGCUAUACGUCAUAUCGUUGCAAGUGGUUUUUUGAACAUCGUCGUUCCGACCUCGGCCGGCCAGCUCCCUCACGACGAUCACGCACCGGACGCGGUCGCUCUCUUCUCCUUUGCGUCGACGGAGCCAAUCGAGAGGGUCUGGGCAAUGUCAGAUGAUGAAUGGAGGAGGGAGGGGAUUCGGUUAGGCAAGCGUCCGGAAGAUCUUCGCCAACUGAAUCACGUACUCGCGCCUGGAGAAUUGAAAAAGGGGAACAAAGGAGGCUCUGCCGUUUGGCAGAGUGUGCGGAGGUUCUAUCGUCUGAAAUUAGCAAAUGCUCUGCGUGAAUUCACGUACGGCUUCACGCUGGUGGGAUCGCAGUUCCGCGUUCUUAUCCACUCGGCAAGCGGCGUCUUCAAGACAAACGAGUUUGACUGUUCGAAAACAAACGGCUACAAAACCCUUUUGAGAUUCUUGGUCCGACUCGUUGUCGCUCCCGAGCUCGACCUCGGCGUCAUCGCUUCUGGCCCAAGCUAUCCCAUCACAGUGGACACCCUACCGCCCAUCACAUACGAGCGCCCCAGCACAACUUUCUCGAGCCCAAGACCAAAACAUCAAGGAGUUUGUCUGUGGCAACCGACCCACCGCAACGAUGAUGCAAUGACCGGGCCCCGAGCUAUUUGCUAUUCCGGAGUCUUCAACAACGUUGAGACGGGUACUAGCCAAGCUUCGUUUGGUGGCUCACCGGAGCACUCCGUCGUCUUCUCGCUCGUCGACCAAGAUCUAGCCGAGAGGACACAUGAACUCCUGAAACGAGUGCAUUCUCUGCAGCCACACGAGCGGGAGGGUCUCGCGGUGGUAGAUAUGAUCUUUCGGGAUCCUCAAGCCUAUCGCAGCGCUCCGGUCGCUGUGGGCGGUGGUGAUGCGUGA